AUGGAGUUCAACGAGAAAAGUUUUUCAUGCAAUAUAUUCAAGCUGAACUUAACAGACAUUCAACCUAAUAUCCAUUAUUACCCAACUAAUGAUGAGCCAUUGAUAUAUUAUGUAGAUAAUCCCUACUUCACAUCGCCAAAAAAAGAUGGGAUAAUUCCGAAACUACUAAAAGACUUCGCAAAAUUUAUCAGAAUUAAUCUAAAUUUAUUUGUAUUAUCGAGAUCUACACUUUAUGUUUAUAUUUGUACAAAUUCAUCUGCAUAUACAUUCGAAAAUCAGUCAGUUUCUCUUAUUGUUAAAGAAUUUAAAGAGGAAUUGGCAAAAUUAAAUUUAGUUUCAUCAACAGAUACAAUUAUUAGACACAUAAGCAAUAGAGAAAAAGGUAUAUUUUCCUGGGCAGCCAUGAAUUACUAUCUUGGAAACUUUCACAAGCAUCGUAGAACAGUCGGAAUUUUGACCCUCGAAAAAGAUUUCUUCCAAAUUAGUUUUUCUUCAGAUAUUAACAAUAAGUCAAUCACUCCAAAGAUAUUUCACUUUGCGAACAAAGCUUAUAAGGUAUAUUCUUUUAUUUACCGAGAUCUUGGAUAUUAUACAGCAUUUACUAAGACAUUAGCAUCAGAUUUACCAAAGAGAUUUGAAGGACAUAACCAUCCAUGUCUUUUAUACAAUUCUAAAUUACAAUAUCAAGAUCUUACAUUUUUCGGAACAGGAAAGUUUAAUGAUUGCCAGAACCUUAUUGAAAACAAAGUUUUAUCCGCAAAUCAAUCGUUUUACACAAAUAAUAUUAACGGAAUUAAACGAUUUUACGCAUUAUCAAGUUUUUCUGAAGUUAAUUCAGACUUAGACUUAAAUUCUGACUCACCAUUAAGUGAAUUACUUAGUAAAGCAAAAGAAAUUUGUCAACAAGAUAUUUCUUACUUCUUAGCAGAAUUUAAGCCGAAUAUUAACUCAACCGAAAUAUGUUUUAACGCUAUUUAUCAAUACAACUUACUUUAUCGAAUCCAAUCCGACAAUAAUUUUUCAAUUAUUAAAAUAAAUCGAACUUAUAAUCAUAUGUUCACUUGGCAUAUAGGAGCAAUAGUAGGAGAUCUUACGAGUGAAUCGUUUAUGAGAAAAAUACCUCAAAAUUCGUAUAAUAUUACUGUAAGAGUUUUGUUCUUUGGAUUUGGUGGAAUUAUUGGCGUUUGGGUUGCACAAAGGUUAUUUGCUGAUGUGUCAUUCGAAACCGCUGUUCCAGAAGAUUGUAAACCUCUUACAAGUAAUAAAGAUGAAAAUAAUAAUGAUUUAUCAUUUGAUAAUGAAUAA